AUGAAAUUAAUAGUAGUCAGUCUGUUGUUGGUGAUUUCCCUGCUGGGUCAAACCAGUGCCAAAAGUGUGAUUAACAGCCUUGCCAACGAAAUUGGUCAGGAUGCCUCUGAGUUUGGACAUGAACUAGGGGACGAGGGCACUCAGUUUGGACACGAGGCCUCCAAUAGCGCCAUUAAUUUUGGCCAUGAACUUUCACAGGAAGCGGAAGAGGCAGCCAGCAAGGAAGUCAGUUCAGAGCUGACCAAAUUUGGACAGGAAGCCUCCAAUAGUACUAUAAAUUUCGGACAUGAACUCUCCCAGGAAGCCGAAAGUGCUCUUAGUCAAGAAAUAAGUUCUUCACAAAAACAAGCCUCUACUUCCUUUGCUGUAACAACGACAUCAGCCACUGGCAAAACUGUUACCAAGGACACAACAGGAACAGCAGUCACCUGUGCUUGUGUAUGUAGUGAUGGAAGUGCCUCCCAAGUAUCCGGAAACGUCUCCAAGGCAGCUGAUAAAAUUGCUAGUGCUGCUGCCAAUGCUGCCAGUAAUGUAGCAGGAUCAGCUGCCAACGCUGCUCAUGAUGUAGCCAGUGCUGCUGGAAAUGUUGCUAGUUCCGUUGCAAAUGCUGCAGGCAACGUUGCAGGAUCUGCUGCCAAUGCUGCAGGAAGUAUCGCAGGAUCAGCUGCCAAUGCUGCUCAUAAUGUUGCUAGUGCUGCUGGAAAUGUUGCUAGUUCCGCUGCCAAUGCUGCCAGUAAUGUAGCAGGAUCAGCUGCCAGCGCUGCAGGAAGUAUCGCAGGAUCAGCUGCCAAUGCUGCUCAUGAUGUAGCCAGUGCCGCAGGAAAUGUUGCUAGUUCCGCUGCAAAUGCUGCAGGUAACAUAGCAGGAUCAGCUGCCAGUGCUGCUGGAAGUAUCGCAGGAUCUGCUGCCAAUGCUGCUCACGAUGUUGCUAGUGCUGCUGGAAAUGUUGCUAGUUCCGCUGCCAAUGCUGCCAGUAACGUGGCAGGAUCAGCUGUCAAUGCUGCAGGAAGUAUCGCAGGAUCAGCUGCCAACGCGGCUCAUGAUGUUGCUAGUGCUGCUGGAAAUGUUGCUAGUUCCGCUGCAAAUGCUGCAGGUAACGUAGCAGGAUCAGCUGCCAGUGCUGCUGGAAGUAUUGCAGGAUCUGCUGCCAAUGCUGCUGGAAGUAUCGCAGGAUCUGCUGCCAAUGCUGCAGGAAAUAUAGCUAGUGGCGUAGACAGUGCUGCUCAUGAUGUCGCAGGUGCGGCUGGAACCCUCGCUCACGAUGCUGCUAGUGCUGCAGGAACCAUCGGACAUGAUGUUGCUAGCUCGGCCUCAAAUGUUGCUAGUUCUGCUGCCAAUACCGCCGGCAAUGUUGCUGGGGAUAUUGGCAAUGCUCUCGGCAAUAUCCUUGGAGGUGUUGCCAAUGCUGGUGGUAAUAUCGCCGGAUCUGCAGCCAAUGCUGCUGGUAAUAUUGCUGGAGAUGCGGCUAAUGCUGCUGGUGAUGUUGCUCAUGCCGCUGGAAAUGCUGCUGGUGAUGUUGCUCAUGCCGCUGGAAAUAUUGCUGGUGAUGCUGCCAAUGCUGCCCAAAACAUUGUACACUCAAUUACUAACUUGUUUUAAAAUGAAUCCGAUAUCGAUCACUUUUUAAAAUAUUUAAUCAAAUAAAAAGCCAGCAA